AAUCAAGUGAAGGACACAAGCUAAGAAAAGUCAUGUGAUCUACAUGUACAUGAUUGACGUAUUGUCUUGGUCAGCAGCUUUAAAUACCUGGCUCGUUCUGAAACAUCCGUCAUCGUCACAUCCGAGAAUGCCGCCACACCUACAUAAUAGCGGGCUUGAGUCUAUCAUGCCUCCUGAUCAAAUAUUAUCCAAUAUUCUUCCAAACCACCAUCGAAAUCACCAUGCAUUCCACUGCAAGCCUCUGCUCGUCAAGGUACGCCCAACGUUGGGGGUUCGCAAAUAGCAAUUUCAACUGUAACUUGAACUCCCUCCACAUUUUCGGAAACCAAAAUUUGGAUUUCUUGCGGAACAACUGUGAAAUACGCGAAGGGAAUGAAGGCGGCAGGGUGCUUUCCAACCUUUCUUGGCUGUCUCAUCAUACUGCUCCUGAUUCGACGACCCCUUCUACCCAUAAUGACCCAGAAAAGACAGCCCAACAUCAUGUUCGUGCUUCCCGGAUAGACGUGAAUGGAAUGUCGGAUGGCAUCACCGACACUACUGGGAAGAAUGGAUCCCUGGCUACACUCAUGCCUGAUGUUAGAGCUCGCCAAAAGGACAAGGCGCCGUCUGCCAUAUCUGGGCAAGAGAAGGUUUCUCUGGUCGAGACUAUUGCUCGCUUGGAAAGGGAGGUGCCACCACCCACAGGACGUGUGUGUUUAGUAUUCACGGACAUACGGAAUUCGACCAAACUCUGGGACAAAAAUCCUGCCAUGUCUACGGCGAUACAUUUGCACAACAAUCUCCUUUUGCAACAUCUUCUAUAUUGCGGUGGUUAUAUUGUCAAGACGGAAGGCGAUGCAUUUAUAUGCGCCUUUCCAACAACCAUUGCCGCAGUAUGGUGGAGCGUCACUGCCCAGAUCCAACUUCUUCACGUACCCUGGCCUCAAGAAAUACUGGAUUGUGAAGAAGGCAAAGAGGUCUACGAUGAACAGGGGAACCUUCUUGCACGCGGCCUUUCCGUCCGCAUGGGCAUCCACUCUGGAACCCCAGCGUGCGAACUAGAUCCUAUCACUCUCCGCAUGGAUUAUUUCGGGUCUAUGGUUAACCGAUGCGCCCGUAUCAGUGCCAGUGCGUUAGGUGGACAAAUUAUGUGCAGCGCCGAUGUUGUUCGCGAAGUCAAUGCGAUUUUGUCCGAUUCCGGUCCACCCUCGAAACCUCAGAUAGCGCGGGCUAUCGAGGAGAUUCGGCAACUGCAGACGGUUUUCCUCCCUGUCGGUGAAAUCAAAUUGAAGGGACUGGAGGUUCCGGAGAUAGCUUCCCUUGUCUACCCUGCAGCGCUCUUAGGACGCCAGCGCUUACUUGUGCCUGGGUCGAAUCUGAGCACAUUCCCGUCUUUAUCCACCUCCGGGUCACAAGUAUAUCCUUCUGCUCAUGGCACUGCUGCCCCAGUCAGCUCGGACCAAACUCCAUCCGAUGACGCCUGUCUAGAGACAUGAACUUUGCGUCUUCCUACCUACUAGACCUGUCUAUUUCCAUAGCUUUGAUAAUCGUAUUUGUGCCCUUUUGUCAGGAGCAGGAUUGUAUAUUGCGUCGUGUCAGCGCCCGGCAAACGUUUCAUAUAAUAAACAAUCAUUAAAUACGAUUUUCAGAC